AUGGCAGAUAAAUACAAAGAGUAUCUCGCCACGCGAGUCCUGGCCGAAGGCAAGCCUAUAACCUAUCGGCUUCUGAGUCGCGCUCUCGCCGUCCAUGUCAACACAGCGAAGCAAAUGCUCUACGAUUUCCACACCAAGCAAAACGCAAGGACCCCCAACUCCGUUCACGCUACAUACCUCAUUACGGGCCGAAAGCGCGCACUCGAGCAAACAAAUGGUGCUAAUGGCGGCGGGGUGGAGGACGAAGACACGGUCAUGCAGAGCUCCCCGCCUUACAUGAGUUCAAUGCCGGAUAUAGAAGCUGAAGAAUCGGAGGAGGCCGCUGCCGAAGCACCAGUCCCUACCACGACGAUCGUGCUUGUAAAAGAGGAGGAAUUAGAGUCCGCGAAAGCAGAGUUCGAGGAAAUUACGUCCAUCCAAGUGUACAGCCUGGAGCCCGGACCGCUGAAAGAUAUGCGCAUACUAUCUGUCUGCAACCAAGAAAUAACUACUUCGUAUUCUAGCAGCGAUCCUUUGCAGUGGUGGGAGGUGUACGGCAUGGUGCAUAACCCGUAUAUCAAGGCAUGUAUCUUACCCUUCAACUCGACCCCAAGAAGGACAGGCAAGUAUGUGCCUCCGCCAACGACAGCGUCAACAAAACCCUUGGCUUCCAAAACAGCACCCAAAGCGGAGUCGAAGGCCCCGGCACAUCCAUCAGAAGAGAAGUCCAAAGCCGCGUUAAUAAGCAAAGGAAAUGUCUCGGAGGAUACUUCAGGACGCUCGACACCUCAACCUGUCGCUAAGACGACUACCACAUUGAAGAAGUCCGAUUCGAAGCCAAAUCUCAGAAAAGACGCCUCGGAUAUCUUUAAAUCAUUUGCAAAAGCAAAAGCGAAGCCAAAGAGUGCUGGGGCAUCUAAAGACUCUACUCCAGCGCCUGCUAACGAUGUUCCGAUGCAAGGCAUGUCCGAAGAUGAAGGGAACGACGAAGAUGACGCCCCUGAAGUCAAGAUCGACGAAGAGAAGCUAAAGCAGCAACGCCAGAAGCGGAAGGAGGUGAAUGAAAAGCUGCAGCAGAUGAUGGACAUGAGCGACGAGGAGAUGGCGGACGUUGAAGAAAAGGGGUCAGAGCCAUUGCGAAAAGAGCCAGAAGAGGAGACAGGCUCAUCAAAAACCAUCGAACCGGAGCCCACCGCUACAGUGACCUCGCAAGGCGGGCGGAGACGGGGUCGAAGAAAGGUCAUCAAGACGAAGAAAGUCAAGGACGAGGAUGGAUAUCUGGUUACCAGAGAAGAAACAGUCUGGGAGUCCUUCUCCGAAGAUGAACCACAACCCGUGAAGAAGCCGAAGCCAGCUCCUAAACCUGCAAGUACGGCGAAGGGGAAGGGGGGCAAGAUGGGGCAGGGGAGCAUUGCGAAUUUCUUCAAGAAAGCCUGAAAGAGGGGUGCUCAUUAUGGGACGAUGUAUGUCUUGAAAAGAUGAAUAGGGAGUAGAGCUACGGCCAUCGACCCUCCUUUGUCGGACUUGCAAGACUAUGAGGGAGAUGCCAUCGAGCCGAGUUUGGGCUGCCCACUUUCGGGGUCCA